AUGAAGUUCUCUAAUGUUCUGAUUCAGAUCUUUUCUAUAUGUUGCCUGCCCUUUAGAGGUCUACUAUUGGCGACUAUAUGUUGCCUGCCCUAUAGAGGUCUACUAUUGAAGUCUAUAUGUUGCCUGCCCUAUAGAGGUCUACUAUUGAAGGCUAUAUGUCACCUGCCCUCUAGAGGUCUACUAUUGAAGACUAUAUGUUGCCUGCCCUCUAGAGGUCUACUAUUGAAGACUAUAUGUUGCCUACCCUCUAGAGGUCUACUAUUGAAGACUAUAUGUUACCUGCCCUCUAGAGGUCUACUAUUGAAGUCUAUAUGUUGCCUGCCCUAUAGAGGUCUACUAUUGAAGACUAUAUGUUACCUGCCCUCUAGAGGUCUACUAUUGAAGUCUAUAUGUUGCCUGCCCUAUAGAGGUCUACUAUUGAAGACUAUAUGUUACCUGCCCUCUAGAGGUCUACUAUUGAAGACUAUAUGUUUCCUGCCCUCUAGAAGUCUACUAUUGAAGACUAUAUGUUACCUGCCUUCUAGGGGUCUACAAUUGAAGACUAUAUGUUACCUGCCCUCUAGAAGUCUACUAUUAAAGACUAUAUGUUACCUGCCCUCUAGAGGUCUACUAUUGAAGACUAUAUGUUACCUGCCCUCUAGAGGUCUACUAUUGAAGACUAUAUGUUGCCUGCCCUCUAGAAGUCUACUAUUGAAGACUAUAUGUUACCUGCCUUCUAGGGGUCUACAAUUGAAGACUAUAUGUUACCUGCCCUCUAGAGGUCUACUAUUAAAGACUAUAUGUUACCUGCCCUCUAGAGGUCUAUUAUUGAAGACUAUAUGUUACCUGCCCUCUAGAGGUCUACUAUUGAAGACUAUAUGUUACCUGCCCUCUAGAGGUCUACUAUUGAAGACUAUAUGUUACCUGCCCUCUAGAGGCCUACUAUUGAAGACUAUAUGUUGCCUGCCCUCUAGAGGUCUACUAUUGAAGACUAUGUUGCCUGCCCUCUAGAGGUCUACUAUUGAAGACUAUAUGUUGCCUGCCCUCUAGAGGUCUACUAUUGAAGACUAUAUGUUGCCUGCCCUCUAGAGGUCUUCUGAUUGUUUGUACUGUUGUAUUAUUCAAUCAGUGUGCAGUAUUUGAAGAGUAGCCACUAUCAGUUGAGUAUUUGACAAUCGUAAAUGCAGAUUUACAGACAUCAAAUCCAAAAUGGACAGCGGCAACUUUUUAAACAUUUUCUGAGUAGAUGGUUCUUUUUUCUUUUCUAACAAGUAUUUAAAGUACUGUAAAUGAGGGCCUUGAUGGAGUGUCCUUCAUUUCUAUAUUCUUUUAAUUUUUUUGGUCAUUUUUUCUCUAUUCUUGAUAUUUUUUGCCCAUUUUUCUCUAUUCUUUACUUUUUUUGCAUUCAUUCUGCACUUUUUGUCCAUUGUUCUCU